AUGGAGGGAGAGAGUUUUGCAAGGCAGAGCCAACUCAAAACACAUCAGGUCAUUCACACAGGAGAGAAGCCAUAUCACUGCUUAUACUGUGAGAAGCGUUUUAGUACCAAUGGUAGUCUCAAACUACAUGAACGCACUCACACAGGAGAGGAGCCGUCUCAGUGCUUAUACUGUGAGAAGAGUUUUGCACAACAGAGCCAUCACCAAACACACCAGACUAUUCACACAGGGGAAAAGCCAUAUUUCUGCUUACACGAUAAAUAUUUUCAUCUCAAAGUACAUGAACACACUCACACGGGAGAAAAGCCAUACUGCUGCUCACACUGUGAGAAGAGUUUUACGACAAAUAGUGGUUUCAAACUACAUGAACGCACUCACACAGGAGAGAAGACUUAUCAGUGCUUACAUUGUGAGCAGUGUUUUAGUAAGAGUUUUCAUCUCAAAGUACAUGAACGCAGUCACACAGGAGAGAAGCUAUACAACUGCUCAGUGUGUGGGAAGAGUUUUACUAAAGUAUAG